AUGGGAGCCAAGAGCAAUGAAAGUCUUGACCUCUUAUCUGUUUUCCUGACUGGCAUCCCAGGACUGGAGGCACAGCAUGGCUUGCUUUCCAUCAUUUUCUUCACCAUGUACAUCGUGGCCAUUGUGGGAAAUAGCCUAAUUAUGGCAGCAGUGCAGGCAGACCCUGCCUUACAUGAGCCCAUGUAUCUGUUCCUCUCCAUGUUGGCUGUCACUGAGGUGGGCGUCUCUGUGUCUACCCUGCCUACUGUUAUGGGCAUUCUUUGGUUUGAUGCCUACAAGGUUGACUUUGAUGGCUGCCUAGCCCAGAUGUUCUUCAUUCACACCUUCUCUUGCAUGGAGUCAGGGGUCUUGUUGGCCAUGAGUUAUGACCGCUUUGUUGCCAUCUACAACCCUUUGCGUUACACAACUAUCUUGACCCUACCCCGCAUCAUCUCCAUGGGUCUGGGCAUUACACUGAAAAGUGUGGCACUCAUGGCCCCACUCCCAAUCCUUUUGAAACAGUUGCCUUAUUGCCACACCAAUGUCCUUUCCCACUCCUACUGCCUGCAUUCAGACUUGAUCCAGCUGCCAUGUGCUGAUACUAAGCUCAACAGCAUCCUGGGCUUGGCAAUUGUUUUGGCCACCUUUGGGCUGGACUCACUGCUCAUUGUGGUCUCUUAUGUGCUGAUUCUUUACACAGUGCUGGGCAUUGCUUCUGGGGAGGGACGGCGGAAGGCCCUUAACACAUGUGUGUCACAUAUCUGUGCAGUGCUUCUAUACUAUGUGCCUAUGAUUGGUGUGUCUGUGAUGCAUCGUGCUGCCAAGCAUGCUUCCCCCAUGGUCCACACACUCAUGUCUAGCAUCUACCUCUUUGUGCCACCUGUGCUUAACCCCAUCAUCUAUAGUGUUAAGACUCGGCCAGUCCGCCAGGGAAUUGUCAACUUGUUCUCCCCAAAGAGAGAAUUACGCUGA